CAUGACAGUAUGGAUGGGAUAAAGAGGUCCCAGGGAUGUCUAGACUGGUAACUGGGAACAGCCGCUUUGCUUAGCCAGCGUCUAAGGGAAUCUAAAUUCAAGCCUCUCGUCCAGGCUCGGAAACCGCCUCUGUGUUUCGCGGACAGCCCUCCAACACGAAGACAAUCACGGGAAGCGAGUUGGUUUGCUAGCUUGUUGUUAGCUCCCCUCCACGUUAGCUUUUCAUACACAUUCAGAGCAAAGCCAUCCUCCUCUGGAGUAUUUGGAAGCGGAGCCACGGAGUCACACCCUGAUAAUCAGGAUCCGCAGGGGCUCUGCGGUCAUUCGGGGCUGUCGGAGGAGUUUUGUGUUCAGUUGUUUGUUAGCAUUCAGUCGGUUAUUUAAGACGACUUUUGAGUUAGCUUGCUAUAACUUACUUGUGGGAAAAAGCAACCCUCUUCUUCCCAGAAAUCAUGUACAUCCAGUCUCCGGCUACUCUGUUGGGGGACAGAUAACGUUAGCCGGUUAGCUAUUAGGCUAGUCAAGCUAGUGGGCUUAGUGCGUGAGGCCGGGGCAGGGGACCGUUACUUUUCAGCCUCCGUGUGUUAGCUAACGCUAGUUAGUUAGUUAACUACAACAGCUGCCUGUUAUGAACAACGUCACGCCAAUGUACACAUUUGUUCUGAGAGAUGACAACAGCAGCGUCUAUGCUGAAGUCUCCAAAAUCCUCAUCGCUACAGGGAAAUGGAAACGACUGAAAAAGGAUAAUCCUCGAUUCAACUUGAUGCUGGGAGAGCGGAACCGACUGCCCUUUGGUCGACUAGGUCAUGAGCCAGGACUUAUGCAGCUAGUGAACUAUUACAGAGGGGCUGACAAACUGUGCCGCAAAGCAUCUCUAGUAAAGUUAAUAAAGACUAGUCCAGAGCUGAAAGACUCCUGUAACUGGUUCCCUGAAUCAUAUAUUAUAUAUCCAACCAAUCUCAACACUCCUGUGGCUCCUGCCACCAAUGGAAUCAGCCACCUGAAGAACAACCCCAAGACAGAUGAGCGUGAGGUCUUCCUCGCCUCCUAUAAUACAAAAAAGGAAAAUGGGGAGGGAACAGUGUGGAUUGCUAAAUCAUCUGCUGGAGCAAAAGGGGCUGGAAUAUUAAUAUCUCAUGAUGCAACUCAGUUGCUUGAGUUCAUUGAUAAUCAAGGACAGGUUCAUGUCAUUCAGAAGUAUCUUGAGAGGCCACUGCUUUUGGAACCAGGUCAUCGCAAAUUUGAUAUAAGGAGCUGGGUGCUUGUUGACCAUCAAUACAACAUCUACCUGUACCGCGAGGGUGUGCUGAGGACAUCCUCAGAGCCAUACAAUAGCUCUGACCUCCAGGACAUGACCAGCCACCUCACCAAUCACUGUAUCCAGAAGGAGCACUCUCAGAACUAUGGACGCUACGAGGAGGGCAAUGAGAUGUUCUUUGAUGAGUUCAGACAGUACCUGCUGAAUGUUCACAAUGUUACCAUGGAGACAUCCAUCUUACCUCAAAUCAAGCAGAUAAUAAGGAGUUGCCUCAUGUGCAUUGAGCCAGCCAUCAGCACCAAGCACCUGUCCUACCAGAGCUUUCAGCUCUUUGGCUUUGACUUCAUGCUAGACGAGAAUUUUAAAGUGUGGCUGAUCGAGAUCAAUGGAGCACCCGCCUGUGCACAGAAACUCUACCCAGAGCUUUGUCAAGGUAUUGUGGAUGUGGCCAUUUCCACUGUAUUCUCUCUAAACGCAGAUGCCCUCUCCUCCUCGCCACCAUUCUCCACUUCUCCAUCUCUCUCCUCCAGCUCAUGCUCCUCACCAAAACUCAGAGCACCACAACAGUUUGGCCCUUUCAUUAAACUGUAAGCACAGGGUUCUAUAUCCCUGUGGGGUCCCUUCCCUCCAAAGCACCUGCUGCCAGUGGUUUCCUCAAGGACGAUCUUUGACCUGUCCCGAUGGGCUACCUUGAAUCUUGAGCUGUGUCAGCUACAGCUGAGGAGGGACACAGUGUGUAGCUGGAGUGGUGGGUGAUAUAAAUUUGCACUCUUUAUGUAACAAAUCAAGUGAAAUGCUCCUCUGUCUUUUUUCUCAUUUGUGAAAAUACGCCCAGUGCAGUCAGCGUGAGCAUUCAAAGUAAAAGAUAAGUCUGCACAUUUGCAACAUAGCAGCGCACACAAUGUCUGUUUGUCUGCCCACAGUGUGAUAAUAGGUCUAGCAGCUUAUACUCUUCAGCCUGACAGGCUACUGUUGUCAGGGCCCCAGUGAUGUACAUAGAUUUGCUCACAAGGGAGUUGUAGUAGAGGAUGAAGACUGAGGUGAUAGCACAUGGAUAGUUGUAUGGAUUUGAGCGUGGGUCCCCCAAGCACAUAGCCAAGGUCUAACUUAUUUAUGCUUAGCAAUUUCAGCAAGAUUCCUCAGGUCUGUCUAAGGCACCUUGGUGUGAUGUAGGAUGGAUUUGAAUUUAGUUAUUGUGAUUUUUAGUGCCUUACAUAUCCACAGAACCGCUUCCCAUUCAGCACAAAGCAGGAAUUUCUGAAACAUGACUCCGAGACUGCUAAUACAGAGCACUGUAAACAUACAUGCUGAAGAUUCAGUCUUAUUGUUUCAGUGAUUCCUGAUUUGGCUUUUGUCGAAGGCAGAUUUGGCCUCUGUAUCUAGUCUUACUGUUGGUAAGCCAGUGUAAGUCAGCUUAUGUAUGUUAUUGCUACUAUAGUGUGUAACAAAUCUUGUCAUUUUAUAUUACUAACUCUUUAGGUUCAGAAAGACAUUAUUUACAGCGACAAAGCACUAACAUGUAUUAUAUGUUUUGAAAAGUAUGUAGUGUGUAUAUUGCAGUGUGUUUUAGACUUAGCUCAUUAUUUAUAACCAUCCACACCCAUUCAUAUUGCUUUAUCCAUUUUAUCACCCAUAGUCUCUUACUAAAGUAGCUAAAGUUAUUAACUAUUAGAAUAGGUAGCUGAUUAACUGUUUUUGUAUUUUACAAUGUUCAUGAUCCAUCACAUUUUAAUUCUACCUCCAUGGUAACAAACAGGAGACAGGACAGUUAAUUCCCCUCCUGAUUUGAUCACUUUUUAACUUAACUGUUUUUUUUAUGCUUUUCACACAUUCAUAUCUCCCUGAAAAUGAAUAAAACAGAUUUUUUUCAUUUGUGGAAGCAGCGCAUGAUGAAUUAAAAGCAUGCAAGAUGCUAUGUAUUACAUAUAGUACAUAACUAGUAACAGCAUUUUCAUAUCUUUUGUCAAAUGCCUAUUUUUAUAAACUUGCAUGCGAUGUAAAAUCUGUUGUAGCUGGAAAACCGAGAUCAAUUUUGUUUUUUUUCUCUAGAUCAGUCCUCAUGCUUUUGAGUGUUUGUCUUCUGUGUUUAUUUGCAACCCAGGACGAUGUCACUUUUGCCACUGAUUGUUUUGUUUCGUUAUGACUCAGAGGUAGUGGCCUUCAUGAGGGUGUAUUGGACAUUGAGAGUCAGUGGGUCAGCAUGUUGCAUCUUUAUUUAGCAUGGGGGAUUUAUGGUAAGGAUUCAGUUCUGUUUAGUGUACAUGGCAACAAGGUUCCCCACUUUGAAGCUAAAAACAGGCUCAAGUGUAGCAUUGUUUCAUUAUGCCCCCGCCCCUCCCCCUCCCUGUUCUGAUCAUUGUGGGAUUAGAUCAUAAGCCACUGCUUACCAUGUAGAGUAAAUGAGAAGAGCUCGAUGGAAUACCUUUGAUGUGGUGUUGUAGUCCUAGCAUGUUGCAGUGGGUAUGCUAAUUUGGUAGAUCCUGACAGGGUUUUUUUAGAAGGACAGAAUAAAGAAUGGACUAAAAAGUUGAAAGAAACACGUAGAGAAUGUAUAAUGACCAUUUACACAUAUUUAAACAUUUAGUUUCUGCAGUCAUAUCAGUGUUGGAUUACUACAGGUUAUUUGGGAAUUGCUCAGAUGCUUUAGGCUAUAUCAGUAUUAUCACCUUUUCACCUAACAACUUCUAAUUUAAUUUCUAAUUCUUUCCAUGAAAGGGAAAAGGUGCCUUAUAAUAACUAAUGUGGAAAUGUCCUGAGAAGACUAUACACUGAGAUAGUGAAGGAUGUUCUUUAUUGUUUAAAGCUGUUUUCUUUUGUACCUUGUUAUUUAUUGUCUUUUUGAUUGUCAUGUACUUUUCCUUUCUUAGGCAUUAGACCUUCAACUUGAUUGUUUAAAAACAAAACAAAAAAAAAUUGCAGUUCUAUAAAUGGAAAAAUAAAGUUGUGUAUGCAGCCCCCAACCCAAUAUAAAGUGUUACAGCAACGUUUCAAAUCUAACCAAAGUCAAAUGAAACCGUUUCAUUUGUGUUUGAAUGUUUCUAGUAUGUUUUAGACUCUUUGCAAUGUUCAGCUCUGUGGCAUGAUGUAGUAAUGUUUACUCUUCUUGGUUGCCUGAAAUGGAGAACUCUAUUGAAACGUUUUACAUUUUUUAUUACAUGUAUGUUGAGAAGUCAUGUAAGUUUAUUUCAGUUUGUGUGUGCUGUUAAGCUUAUGUUUUAGAUUCUGCUCUUAUUAGCAGUGACAAGGUUAUGCUCUGACCUCUAGAGUGGAUACCUGGCUCUGAAAGACCCAGUCAGUUAUAACCUCCUGCCCUGUGCUCGGCAUGUUGGUCCACCCGUCCCCAGAAAAGGUCAUCCAACCUACUACAUUCUCUUUUUUCUUUUAUACAGCUGGCAUAAAUGAAAACCUGUCAGAUGUAUUUGUGUAUGGCAUCAGAUAUCUACAUUUUUUAUGUCUGACAUAAAAAGCAUAGUUUCCUAUUUUUUGUAAGGCAUUGUGCAUGGUAAGUGUGGUGUCUGUUGAUUAUCAUAUCAUCAAUAAAAUUAGUUUUCAA